GGGGGGGCAUGUUGGACAUGGUCCAAGAAUUUUGUGAACCUGAUUUUAACACACCAUCAUCGCUACUCUUUAAAAGUGAUUGUAUGAAAGUGUAACUUGUUUUUUCAGGUUAAGUUGGUGUCUGUAAGAAGAGGAAGAGGAAUGAAAGAGACAUAAUAUCAAAAUAUUUUAAAUAUGAGUCAGAAUUUUCUGAUUUACUGGGCAAGGGUCCGAUAUAAAUUGUGAACUAUUGGUAUUUAAGGAAAGUGUAUAAUAUUGUCUGCGUGUCCAGAAUGCACUUUGUAAAGCUGAAGAGCUUGUGGUAAAUCCACCCUGAAUUGAAAACCUACUUACAGGAAACAAAUGUCAUGAUAACAUAUAAAAACAUUUGUAGCUUUUCUCUGCAGGCAUGGCCAUUACAAGUUUUUGGUAUAUGUAGUUCAUGUUAUUUUCCACUCAUAUCUUCCAUUCCUGAAUCCCAGGUUUAGCAGAGUGUAAAAUGAAUGUGUAAUAGUCAGGUUGUAUCUGCAUGUAAUGUUAGUACUAAUUCCCCAGCAUUUGACAAAAUGUUAAGCGAUUUUAGAGUUUUGUGCAGGCAAUUACGUUCCAAGCGAAAAUGAGUGCACAAAUUCGUCGUCUUGCUUGUAACGCCACUGUCACAUUGGGCUUUAAAUGCUGUAUAAAGCAGUGGAUAACUUAUGAUUGUCGAGGUAAUGGGGAGCUAGGACCAUGACCUACAUUGAACUUAAGAACUGAGUGUUGCGGGUGUGAGUACCGCUUGGCACCAGUGCUCUUGCUCUUGACUGGUGAGUCCACCUGUUCAACUAUCGAUUUCAUGAGGCCAGGUGGCGUCUGCAUCACGGCCAGUUCUCCGCAUGGCCCAGCAACGUGUGGGUGGCGAGUGACGGUUGACGUUUGUGUUCGUGAUUUCUUUGAAAAAAAGUCAGAAUGGGGAAGCACAAGAUGACACAGUGGAGUGUGAAAAGUUGAAUUCUGCUGCAGAUGCGAUGCAGUCAGUGGUUGAGUCCUUCAAAGGUUUGACUCGGCAUGAGAGGCCUUCAGACAUUAAAUCUGCCAUGUCUGCUGCCAGUUGUGCAGACUCGUCCUCUUUGGGAAGUCACAAGACAAUGAGCAUCUCUCCUGUAACAGGUAGAAAGGACAAAAACCCUGUGUACAGGUUCAAGACAAGAUGGUGGACGGAGAUCCUGUGGCAGGACCGGGUUACUGUGGCAUACCUUACUUACGAGACAGUGAUGGAGAUUCUGACGAGGUGUAACAUCACUGAAAAGAACCAUAACCAUCGCUCACUGGAAAACGUACUCAGGUUAUCAAGCUUGUACAAUGAAGUCUUGGUCCUUGGUGCUCAUGAUAAUAAGAGUGUUGCUACCUUUUGCCGUAAUACAUGCCCCAGCUUGCUGCAUCCUCUGCGAAAGCUGUCAAUCACAAAGAUUCUUCAGAUACUGGCACAGAGCCGUGCUGAGAAGUGCUGCCACUUUCUGGUGAAGAGCCUUCUGGACACUUACAAGCCUAUACACUCAUCUGUUUCUGUCACAGAAAAAGAUCACAGUGAGAUAAUCACCUCGGAUAAUUCUGACAACUCUAGCAUUGAAGUAUAUCGGGCUCUGACUCAGCACAUGACUCCACCUUGUAUGACCUCAGUUCUGACCCCAGUAGAGAAUGUGGGAGCUGUAGUAGUGGACGGGAUUACCACAUUACGGCUCUCAUGUAGCUCAGACCUGGAAUUUGCUCUAGUAGAAGAGGAGGCACAUGUGUCUGUGUUGCUGAGUGUAGCUGCACGCAUUGCACCUCAUCUGUUGGGAUCAAGUGGUGUCAAGGUUUCCCGCACCUCAGGCAUACGCCGUGUUUCAAAGCAGGCUCGAACAAAGGUGGUGGAGUACUACCAGCAAAUCCUAUGGGGUGAGGUUGGAUCUUUCUCAGAACAUGUACUACUGUGGUGGGGAGGUGGCCCUCUAUUUGGCUCCCUUCCUCCUAAGAGUUGCCAGCUCCUUUGUGAUUGGCUGCAUUCAUUCAUAUCUCCUGUUGUUGUACCAGAGCACGUGGUGCCAGCAAUACAUAGCCUGGCAGAUGGGCUUGGUUGCCAUGUUGCUAGUACGUUGUGGGACCAGCUCUUCAGACUGACCUUGGUGCAGGGACGCAAAUUUGCAUAUAGUGCAGACAAAGAGAAAGGGUCAGUGUGUGGCCAGCUGUUUGUUGACUUGCUUCACCAGUUGGUGACCCUUAGUAAUUCCUGUGAGCCCACAGUGUCCAUUGAUCUGCUUCCAAACCAAGCAUUAGAGGAUUUGCCAUUGGUAGAGCAGAUUCCAGUCCUGCACAGACUGGAUCAUUCUGUGCACAUGGCCAGAUUGUGGGCUGCCAACACUGCACGGCAUCUUGUUAAUUCGUGGUCUGUAGAUGCUUUCUUUGUGAUCACUCAAACUGACAUCAGUCUCUGCCUCAGAGAACUCCAAAUGCUCAAGCUUACAGAUCACAAAGAUUUUUCUGAGGUGCAUAGUGAACAUGUAAUGGUAUGUGCCAAGAUGCGUUCCAAACUGACAUCUGAGGUACGUGAAAACAUCUGCAAGUUGAAGCAGCUGCUGCCAGAUGAGUGUAUACAAGGCAUGGCAACUGUGUGUCGUACCAUCAGUCUUGCCAAUCUGCACAUGUGCUUUCCCAAGCCACAUUAUUGGAGACGCUCAUCCAGUACGCCACCCAAACCUGCUAGUCCAUAUGUUCAAGAAUAUCUUGAUCGUGUGUUAUGUCCAGUUCUUACUGCACUGUUGCCACUUCCAAUUCCAGUACAACAGAGCAUUGGGGCUCUGGUCUUGAAACUGCUCUGUGAGGCAUGGCUUGAUCACAUUUAUUUACACCGCACAAAGUUCAGUGAGUGGGGCGCACUGCAGCUUCUAGUUGACUUUGACUCAGUGCCAGACUGGCUGGAAGGAUGUGCAUGGCUGCCAACUGAGGUUCGGAACCACUUGGUGCAUUGUGAAGUUCUGCGAAGGUGUGAGGGAGUGGGGCGUUUGCUACUCCGGCGUCCAGGAGAGCCUAUUGCAAUGGUAGCCCCUGUCUCUGCUAAUAAAAACAAUACUGGAGACAGAGACUCACCAAAAGGCUCCCUACAUUCAAGAGGGUUGGACACGAUGCCAGCAGAGAUGUUUGUUCCAAAUCAGGAACAGUGGCUGGAACUACGAGUUCCAAAACAUAAGGGCUUGUGUGGGCCAUAUUCCCUAUGCUGCAGUAGUUGAUAAGCAAAAUAAAAUAUGAAAUCAUGUUUUGUGAUCAGCCCUAUGAACUGCUAACAACAAGCAGGAAUAGGAGAUUCAAAGAGACUUACAUAUUUCAUAUAAUUUUCUCUGUGCAAGAGGCCUUAGCUUAUUUUUUGUCAUAUUGGUUUAACAGCAGAGUGAGGAUUAUUAUUUUUAUUAUCAUCUCCAUAAUGGCAAAUGGGUUGACCCAACCUCACAUACAGUCUUGUUUUGUCUUUUAGUGCCUGUCUCUGGGUUCUGUUACCAUGAAGAGAAUAAUAGUGGGAUAUCUGAUUGAGAUUCUCUGUGAACUUGGAUUCUGGGUCUGAGGAGACAUACAUUUUGAAAAUUUUUAUUGUGUGAUAAGUUGAUGCACUCAGGUCUACAGGAUAAUGAAAACAUAUUUUUGUCUCAGUGUGUUCAAAUGCAAACAUAGUGAAGUGAAAGAACAAUAUGAAGCACUUUACUUCAGAAAAACUGCAUUUAAUUGUAAAAGUUGUGAAGUAUAGGAUUUGGUAUGGUAAAUAAAAUUGAUGUGGAUGGUUUAACUCUUA